CCCAACCCUGCUAUUAUCAUUUUCAAAUAAAACUACAUAACCCCAUGUGCUACUUAAAACCAUUAAUAUAAUAGUCGUAAUAGUUUAUAAAUAAAAAGAUAUUAAUUUACCUAAAUCCAAAAAUUCACAAUGUUCUCAUCCAAAGUUUUUCGUUUUUCAAAUGUUAUCCGUAAUUUUGCUACAAAGACAGGAGAAAUUGAAAAUAUAAUCAAGAGUAACAAGGUUGUUGUUUUUAUGAAAGGAAUACCUGAAGCACCAAAAUGUGGUUUCAGUAAUGCUGUAGUACAAAUUUUACGAAUGCAUGGAGUAAAAUACAAUGCUCAUGAUGUUCUUCAAGACGAAGAUCUCAGGCAAGAAAUAAAGACAUUUUCAAAUUGGCCAACGAUACCUCAAGUAUUUAUAAACGGAGAAUUCGUUGGUGGAUGUGAUAUACUACUACAAAUGCAUCAGAAUGGCGAAUUAAUUGAACAAUUGAAAAAAGUAGGAAUUACUAGUGAACUUUUAAAUAAAGAAAACUUGGAAUGUAAUAAAUCAAAAGAAUAAUAUUAUGUUAUACGUUGUGAAUAAAUUAAAACAUAAUUUAUGUUAUAGUUUUUAGUCUUUGUUAUAAUAAAAGUACAGAUUUUGUCCUGUA